UUUAAAAUUUCAAAGGGCUAAUUUGAUAAUAAUACCAAGACAUGGAUUCGAAGCCAAACGUCGUCUUCGAGGAGUUCGAGGUGCCCACUGAAUGGGUUCGUCAGGUUGCAGACGACACCUUAAUUGCAUAUCUACCAGGGUUCAAGAAGGAGCAACUUAAAGUUCAGGUAACCACCGGGGGAAACAUGAGGAUAUCUGGAGAACGCCCAAUUGGUGUCGACAAAAUUAGCCGAUUCUUCAAGGAAUUUUCAAUUCCAUCGAACUGUGAUCAAAGCAAAAUUAGAGCAAACUUCAAUGGCGGCAUGCUCCACGUUAAAUUCCCCAAAUUGAUAAUCCAUGCCGAUGAAGAUCAGUCUGAUCAAAAGCCUACUGCUAAGACACAAAACGACACCGUUAUUGCUCCUCCCGUGGCGGCUCCACCGCCUCCAAGCCCACCUGCACCGAAACGAAACGACACCAUUGGACGAUCUCCUCCCCGUCCUCCAAUAACCGCAGUGGAAAAACGAACAGGAGAUGAUGAGGAGAAUAACAUUGCUGAUAAUGGAUUUCGUAGUGAUCCGCGAGAUGUUGUGGACCGAAAAAACCCGAAUCCAAAAAAACCCGACGACUUCGAAGAAUAUCAGACAAGGAUUCGUAUGAACAAGGGGAUUAAUAAUCCGAGAAAAGUUAUGAACAUGGUUUUGGUUGUUUUGUCGGUUGUGUUACUUCUUGUUUAUAUUAGGAAUGCCAUUAUGUUGUUUGGUGAUGGCUUUAUAGCCACCACUGGUGUCCUCUUCGAUCUGGGUAAAGAGAAGAAGUUCGCAGCGACAGAGCGACGUGGAGAGGCGGCUGGCGUUGGCAAGAUGUUGGCAGCCAAAGAGUCGGCGACGUGUCCCUAG